UCAAAGCAACGAGGAUAACGAACGACCGAACGAACGAGCAAUCAGACGGACAGACAGACAGGCACACAGACGGACAGACAGACCUGCGGGCACGGAUCUCAUCAAGACUAUUGAGCAUACCAAUUAGCACUGGCAGUAAACCCUUAUGGAGGACCUAUUUGCUCCACGGUCCCCUGUCACUUAUCGCGGCGUGGUCGUCGACGCGGUCGCUCAGGCGGCAUUCAACGAGAAGAAGUGGGUCUGGGUCGAGGACAAGGAGGAGGGAUACAUUGCCGGAUGGAUCGCCAAGGAGGAAGGCGACCAGGUCCAGGUGCACCUGAAUAAUGGACUGGUCAAAACCGUUAACAUCAAUCUCACAGGCAAGAUGAACCCGCCAAAGUUCGACAAGGUUGAGGACAUGGCCGACCUCACCUACCUGAACGAGGCCUCCGUGGUUCAUAACCUGCGUCUGCGGUACCAUUCCAAUCUCAUUUAUACAUACUCCGGGCUGUUCUUGGUAGCAGUCAAUCCAUACCGCAAACUGGGAAUCUACACCGAUGAAGUCGUUGCCGCAUACAAACACAAGAAGAGGCACGAAAUGGCGCCCCAUAUCUUUGCGGUGACAGACUCUGCCUACCAUGAUAUGCUUCAAGACCGUGACAACCAGUCAAUUCUUAUCACGGGUGAAUCUGGCGCAGGCAAGACAGAGAACACAAAGAAGGUCAUCCAGUACCUCGCAUCCAUCGCCUCAGACAAGAACAACAAGAUCGGCAGACUGGAGCAACAGAUCCUGCAGGCGAAUCCCAUCCUGGAGUCCUUCGGAAAUGCGCAAACCAUCCGCAACAACAACUCGUCGCGUUUCGUAAGUCCUUUGGAAAUCAAAGGAGCCCCUGAAUCACAUUUGCAGUGCCAGGAAUAAGAAUUUGACCCAAUCACUGCAUUAUAUCAACACAGGGAAAGUUCAUUCGGAUCGAGUUCACGUCGGCCGGCCAUAUCGCAGGCGGCAACAUCGAGCGCUAUCUCUUUGAAAAGUCGCGUGUCACCUACCAGACGCCCCAGGAGCGAAACUACCAUAUCUUCUACCAGCUAAUGGCAGGAGCCCCUGCCGAUACCAAGAAAUCGCUCCUGCUCGACGGCACCUUAAAUGACUAUGGCUACGUCAAGAACUCGAACCAUA